CAUUAAGAAAAAAUGAGAGCACAAUCACCCACAUAGAAAUUCAUCCCUCCAUCAGCAAUUACAACUACUAGAUUAGUAAGCUCCCCUCACUCAAAUAUAAGAGAUCAAAGAGCUGAUUCAUAAGUGAAUAGUAGAGUAACUAAAAUAACUACUUACUCGACAAGGCCAAAAACUACUAUAACUACAACCACUACCUAUAGACCAGUCAUUGAGACUAGAACAGUAAGGCUAUGCACAGACAAGAGGUGUCAAGGACAUGAAUAACAUAUCGAAUAAUUAACUUAAGAGAACCAGUAGUUGCAUUAAAGAGUUCUAGAACUUCAAUAAGAAAUAGAAUAGAUUUCUAUUUGUUAAAGUGAGCAUACUAAUAAUUAUUCUUGUGAAAUAGAUAACAUUAAAAAAUUAUAUGAGGAAUCAUAAAUUAAUCACAAAUCUGAAAUUCAAUAUCUUACUUAAGAGAUAACUUAAUAUAAAACUUAAUUCUAACAUUCUGAUGAUUAAGUAAAAUAUUUAACUCAAUAAUUGAAAAAAUAAUCAAGUAAUGAGAACCUAGAAAAUUAAAUUGCCUUGCUUACAACUGAAAUGGAAAGAUUAAAUACGGUUAUUCUUGAAAAAAAUGUAGUUGUAGAACAACUGACCCAUAAAAUUAAUUAAUUAGACUCUGAAUUAUUCAACAAGGAAGAUGUUAUUGAAAAUUUAGAAAUUAAUGCAUCUAAAUUGAAAAAACAAUAUUAAGAAGCCUGCAAUCAGGUUUUUCUUAUGAGAUCAGAGUUGGACAGAUAAUUGGAUACUAUAUAAUAGUAAGAAAGAAAUAUGUUCAUUUUGAAUCAAGACAAAUAAGCCAUAGAAUAAUAUAAUUUUAUUUUAGAACAAAAAGAAUAACAACUAUAGUAAUUAAGAGGUAGUAUCUAAUUGUUAGAAAUGAGAUCGCAAGAACAAUAAACUACAAUUUAGGCAUAAUAUCAGGAAAUUGAUAAUCUCAUGCUUAGGUUGGACUCAGCUAAUUAGUAAAUUGAUUAUUAUCAAACAGAAUCUGAUGAACUUUAAAAGUAUCGAAAUAUUUUGUAGAACGAAUUAGAAAUGUCAAAGCAAGAAAACACAAGAUUAUAGGAAUAAAUUAAUAAAUUAAAAUAAUAAUCUACAGAUUUAAAUAAAACGAUUGAGAAAUUAAAAUUAGAUUUUAAUUAACAACUGAGUUCUAUAUAGUAAGACUUUAACUUUGAACUUUAAUCAAAGAAUGAUGAAUUGGAACAAGAUAAAUCCUAAUAUUAAUAGGAAUUAUUGGUGAUUACUAAAAAAUUUUAAGAAGAAAACUAUUAACUUAGAAUUAGUAAUGAAGAUAUGGAAAAUGAGUUAAAUUAAUUAAGUAACAUCAACUAAAUGCUGUAGAGUACGGUUGAUGAAAAAAUAAAUGAAAUCUCAAAUUUGAAAAAUGGAUACCAUUAAUUAAAUAGUGAAUAUAAUACAUUCAAUAUGAAGCUUUAAGAAGAAAACCACAAACUAAAAUUAGAAAUAGAAGAUGCUUUAAUUACUACAAAUUAGCUCUAACAAAAAAAGAAUUCAUUAGAAUCGACAAUCAUAGAAUUAAAUCAUGUUAUACAAUAAUUGUAACAACAAAUUACAUAGAAUUAAAAUGAGUUAAACUCGUUAAAGUAUAAAUCUGGAGAGGAAUAUUCUAAUUUAAGAAUUCAAAUUGAAUAACUUGAUUAAAAUAACCUUUAAUUAUAGUCCAUAAGAUCAAGAUUAUAAAAGGAUUAUGAAGAAAAGUUGAAUGAACUUAAAGAUUUACAAGAUAAGUUCAAUUAAUACAAAUAAACUACCCAAUAAACAAUUAAAGAUUUGGAGAAAAAAAUAUAUGAAUACGAAGAGAAAUUAUCCUUAUUAUCAUCAGAAAUUCAAAGGAUGCUCUUCUAAAUCAAUCAAAAGAAUGACUUAAUCUAAGAAUAGACUACAAUUUUAGAUGAAUACUAGAAAGAAAUCAAACAGCUACAAUAAUAAAUAUUAGAAAAUUAAUUAGAGGCUGAAGAAUAAUAGAAGAAAUUAGAAAGUUAAAUGAAUGAAGCUUUAACUCAACAAAGAGAGAAGCUAUUUAGAUUUGAGAGUGAGAAUCUUUCUUUUAAGUCUUUUAUUGAAGAGCAAAAUCACGUGAUUGAGACUUUGUCAAAAUAAAUAGAUGGAAUGACUGGUGAUUUAAAAUAUCAACAAUAAUUAGGCGAAGAAUUGUAAAAGAAAAAUUCAUUCCUUACUAAGCAAUUAUAGGAAUAACAAUCAGAAGUUGGUGAAAAUUAAUUUAAGAUUGAUCAUUUAUUAGUUGAAAACAAGGCUCUUAAAUAAGAGCUUGAAAUUAGAAUAGACACAGAGUCAGAGCUUAAAUUCAAAUUAGAUAAGCUUAUCGAAGAAUUAGCAAAGAAAUAGUAAUAAAUUAAUGAGUUUGAAUAAAGAACCAGAGAAUAUGAGACAAGCCAAUAAAACGAGGUAGUUUAAUUUGAAGAAAAAAUAACCUAUUAUUAAAAUGAAGUUGAAACUUGGAAAAAGAAAUUUAUAAUCUUAAAUAAAGAUUAUCAUAAAACAUAAGAAGAUUUAAUGAUGGUUCAAGCCGAGUUUGAUGCAUUCAAGCAAAGAGGAAAUCCAACAGUAGUUAGAGUAAUGAUAUAUUUUAAUAAUCUAGGAAUCAACAUGUUUUGAGGUUCGUAAGUCAUCAUUAUAUAAAGAAAAUAUUGUAACCACGAAAUCAAGUUAAGUUAGCUAGUCCAGUCAACUUAUUGUUAAACCUUUGAAGGAAGUGAAUCUUUGA